CGGAGGUAGAAGCAGAGGCGCCGGAGUUGGUCGCGGCCAGCGGCAGAUUUGGGACUGACACUUCUUCCAGGAAGCACAAGCCAGUGCAGCUGUCAUUGGAACCCAAGGUCUAGAUUGGAAUAUUAGUGGGUCAACAAUUCCUAGACUCCUCACUUAGAAUAGUCAAUUUGCUUCACUGCCCUUGAGCCUCUAUGGCAAGAAAUGGUAGCCUCUGAAUUUUCAGGUUGUAAUAAUUAAAAUGAAUAAGCUACGGCAAAGUUUUAGAAGAAAGAAAGAUGUUUAUGUUCCAGAAGCCAGUCGCCCACAUCAGUGGCAGACAGAUGAAGAAGGAGUUCGUACUGGAAAAUGUAGCUUCCCAGUUAAGUACCUUGGCCAUGUAGAAGUUGAUGAAUCAAGAGGAAUGCACAUCUGUGAAGAUGCUGUAAAAAGAUUGAAAGCUGAAAGGAAGUUCUUCAAAGGCUUCUUUGCAAAAACUGGAAAGAAAGCUGUGAAAGCAGUCCUGUGGGUAUCAGCAGACGGACUCAGAGUGGUGGAUGAAAAAACUAAGGACCUCAUAGUUGACCAGACAAUAGAAAAAGUUUCUUUCUGUGCCCCAGAUAGGAACUUUGAUAGAGCCUUCUCUUACAUCUGUCGUGAUGGCACCACUCGGCGCUGGAUCUGUCAUUGCUUCAUGGCUGUCAAGGACACAGGGGAAAGAUUGAGCCACGCAGUAGGCUGUGCUUUUGCAGCCUGUUUAGAACGGAAGCAGAAGCGGGAAAAGGAAUGUGGGGUGACAGCUACAUUUGAUGCAAGUCGGACCACAUUCACAAGAGAAGGGUCAUUCCGUGUCACAACAGCCACUGAACAGGCAGAACGAGAAGAAGUCAUGAAACAGAUCCAAGAUGCAAAGAAAGCUGAAACAGAUAAGGCAGUUGUUGGCUCAUCAGUGGCCCCUGGCAACACUGGCCCAUCCCCGUCCUCUCCCACCUCUCCCACUGCGGAUGCCACUGCCUCUCUGGAGAUGAAUAAUCCUCAUGCCAUCCCACGCCGGCAUGCACCAAUUGAACAGCUUGCUCGCCAAGGCUCUUUCCGGGGAUUUCCUGCUCUUAGCCAGAAGAUGUCACCGUUUAAACGCCAGCUAUCACUGCGCAUCAACGAAUUACCUUCCACGAUGCAGAGGAAGACUGAUUUCCCCAUCAAAAAUGCAGUGCCAGAGGUGGAAGGGGAGGCAGAGAGCAUCAGCUCCCUGUGCUCACAGAUCACCAACGCCUUCAGCACACCCUCUGAGGACCCCUUCUCAUCCGCCCCAAUGACCAAGCCAGUGACCGUGGUGGCACCACAGUCUCCUGUCUUUCAAGCUAAUGGCACUGACUCUGCCUUCCAUGUGCUUGCUAAGCCAGCCCAUACUGCCCUAGCACCUGUAGCAAUGCCUGUGCGUGAAACCAACCCCUGGGCCCAUGCCCCUGAUGCUGCUAACAAGGAAAUUGCAGCCACACGUUCGGGGACCGAGUGGGGUCAAUCUUCUGGCGCUGCCUCUCCAGGUCUCUUCCAGGCUGGUCACAGACGCACCCCCUCUGAGGCAGACCGCUGGUUAGAAGAAGUGUCCAAGAGCAUCCGGGUUCAGCAGCCCCAGGCUCCGGCUGCCCCUCUACAGCCAGUUCUCCAGCCGCCUCCACCCACUGCCAUCUCCCAGCCAGCACCGCCUUUCCAAGGGAACACAUUCCUCACCUCUCAGCCCGUGCCGGUUGGUGUGGUCCCAUCCCUGCAGCCAGCCUUUGUCCCUACCCAGUCCUAUCCUGUGGCCAACGGGAUGCCCUAUCCAGCCCCUAAUGUGCCUGUGGUGGGCAUCACUCCCUCCCAGAUGGUAGCCAACGUGUUUGGCACCGCAGGCCAUCCUCAGGCUGCCCACCCCCAUCAGUCACCCAGCCUGGUCCAACAGCAGACGUUCCCGCAGUGUGAGACGAGCAGUGUGACCGCCAGCCCCUUCUUGAAGCCACCUGCUCAGCACCUCAACGGCUCUGCAGCUUUCAAUGGUGUCGACGAUGGCAGACUGACCUCACGAGACAAGCACAGAGAGGUUCCUGCAGGGACGGGCCCUGUGGAUGCUUUCGAAGUCCAGUGGGCCGCUUUAGAAAGCAAGUCCAAGCAACGUGCUAACCCGUCCCCCACCAACCCUUUCUCCAGUGACUUGCAGAAGACAUUUGAAAUUGAACUCUAAGGCUUACCUAUCUUGCUCAUACUCAGACCAGGUUUGGGGAGGUGGUCAGAGGCUGAAAGGAGAUUUUGUCUUCCCGAUCGAAAUACUUUUCAGUAAUCCCAAAGGUCCCCAGGAAUAAAUCCAGUCAGAGUGCAAUGAAGGGGUGGUUUUGAAAGAAGAGCUGCCUUGCAGUUAGCCUGAAGGAGUCAGAAACGGUGCCUCUCCUCUCUGCCCUUCCUCAUCUUACAAGUCUCUAGAAACAGAGAGGCAGAAAUAUCUAAACAGGAAUCUGUAUUCAAAGCACAUUUACUGGAAUACAAAAUACAAUGGGAAGUAAACAGUCUACCUUCAUUUUCCAGGCCGUCCGCCUGCCCUUCAGUCCUGGCGUGUGCUCCAGCUGGAUGAGAGGGGCAGGUGGCAUAGCCCGCACUCCCAGGCAGGUACAACAGAGCUAUAUUUUGGGGAAAAGUUGAGCUUCCAUUUUGAGUAACAGAAUAAAUAUAAAUAUAUCGAAAAAGCCAAAAUCUUUAUUUUUAUGCAGUUAGAAUAUUUUAAAUAGUUCUCAAUAUUAAAAAGUUGUAUGAGUUGUAAGUAAUCUUGCCAAAGGUAAAGGGUUAGCUGUAAAAUUGUACAUAAGAUUGAUUUAUCAUUGAUGCCUAUUGAAGUAAAAAGAGGAAAGGGAGGUGGCAGACGGGAUCCCUAGCUUGGGCAGUAUCAUUCAUUGUAAGUAUCACAUUGCAACAACAAUCAUGCUUAAGACCAAUACAGUCACUAGGUUGUAGUUGUAAAUGAAAGAGCAGUAUUCGUCCUGGUUUUGAACCUAUGAGAAAUUCUAAUGUCAUUUUAAUGGACUCAAUCUAAAUGUGCUCUAUAGAGAAUAUGUAUUUUCCUUAAGUUAAUGCUUUUUUUAACACUAAAGUGACAAUUACAUAAUUGUAUAUCCACAGAAAGGAACAGGUUUUCUGUGUCCGUUUGUAAUGUUGGUCUUACUUUAUGGGGUUGUUUCCCUGAGUUUUGUAGGGGUCCUGGUUUUACUAGCUUUGUGUUCCCCCGUUUUGGCUAGCAAAAAUCCCAUUGCCAGUUGCAGCCACUUGACCUCUGGUAACAUGAGAGAUCCCAUCUCAUUAUUACUUUUAAACGUUGGCCUUACAAUCAAAUGUAAGUUAUAUAUAUAUAUUUGUACUGAUGAGAAUUUAUAAUCUGCUUUAACAAAAAUAAAUGUUCGUGGUAGAA